CGUAGCUACAAAAAUACACGAUACGCUAAAUAAACAUUUUCCUCGAACUCUAUUACAAGUAUUUUACAAGUGUAUAAGGUGUUUAAGAGUGUAGUGACUAUUUUGUGGCCUUAUGGUGGAAUUUUCAACGAGCAUGUCGCUGGUACCACCGGGAGGUGCGGAUUCGCCGAGUCCACGGCGAGCCGUCAGUCCUCUCCUCGAAUCCCGUAGACCUCACUGCACCUUGGCAUGUGACUAUUGCGCGGCCAUCUUGGAAGACAAAUUUAGACGUAGUGCAGACAUGCGAAAUCGGGGUACAUCACCGCUGUCAGUGUCACCGCGCCAGUCUCUCACAGGAGAACCACCUUGGACAUUGCCAGAUGAUGACCGACCAGACUUCUCAGCUCUAAAGGAAAACAUACAUAGGAUCAACAAGGACUGCGAAACAUCAACUCGACUGGACAUGUUACUGACACAAGUUGAACAGUACGCAAACAAUUUGGAGGCUCUUGUAGAGGAACGGACGUCAGAUUAUUUGGAAGAAAAAAGAAAAUGCGAGGAGUUAUUAUACCAGCUAUUGCCUAAAUCCGUGGCCUCACAACUAAUAAUGGGUCAGCCCGUCAUGGCAGAGACUUAUGACCAAGUUACAAUCUACUUCAGCGAUAUCAUCGGCUUCACCCAGCUCUCAGCUGAAUCCACACCUCUUGAGGUUGUGGACUUGCUCAACGACCUGUAUACAAGUUUUGAUUCGAUUAUUGAAAACUUCGACGUUUAUAAGGUGGAGACAAUUGGUGACGCAUACAUGGUAGUAUCUGGUCUACCAAUGCGCAAUGGCAACCGUCACGCCGCUGAAAUAGCGCGAAUGUCUCUUGCACUUCUUCGAGCAGUACGUGUGAAGACUGUACCCCACAGGCCCGGAGAGCGAUUACUCCUAAGGAUUGGAAUGCAUUCAGGUCCAGUGGUAGCUGGAGUGGUUGGUUUGAAGAUGCCACGAUACUGUUUGUUUGGGGAUACAGUGAAUACGGCAUCGAGAAUGGAGUCGCAUGGAGAAGCACUCAAAAUUCACGUUAGCCCGAAAACUAAAGAAGUUCUUGACCUUUACGAUUGCUUUGAUCUGGAGUGCCGAGGGGAGAUUACAAUGAAGGGAAAAGGGAAAAUGACCACAUAUUGGUUGCUAGGUGAUAAAUCGGGACCGAAUGAAAGCAAAAGGGCAAGUGUGAUCAAUACCGUUGAAAACACAAUAACAAAUAACCCAAGCAUUACAUUCCAAGGACCCGAUAGCCCAGCUUCACAUUCAUUGACACACAGUCAAAGUCCUGAAAGAAAUGGCACUAAAGACAACGCUAAUAACAAACCACUUGAAUUACUAACAGAAAGGGAACGCAUAAAACAUGAAAUAGCGACAUUUGUAGCUAAGGACCUCAUCAACAACAUAGAUAAUGCUGUCAGAGAAUUUAGAUUAUCACAAAGCGCAACGAUGGCUUCACUAAACAGUAAUAGCAAUAACAAACCACUUUGUAAUGGUAAAGAUGGCAAGAAAAAGGGCCUAAUUACCCCUACUUAUGACAAAGAGCUUGUAAUUAAUAAAGGAAAAGUGCGAGACGUUGUAAACCGAUUCAACAGUACUAUGAAUAACUCCAAUGAAGUUGCUAAGAAUAACAAAGGGGACACGUGUAAAAAGUGA